UUCAUCUAGACACAUUGGUAAACAUCUUGUACGACAGCAGCAGCAGCAGCAGCGACAGCAGCAGCGACAGCGAACGCCUCAGCGUUUCUCAGACAGGAUGGUUCUUCUACGACUGCUCACCUUUACACUCUUGUCCAGCUACUUCCAUCCAGGAACAGUAGUGGACGCACAGCCACAGCACUCCAUCAUACCUGUUUUGGAGAUAUUCCCCCAGGACAAAGUCUAUGAAGGAGACAAGCUCAGCAUCACGUGCAACAUCACAUGCACCAUCAGUCUGUACAGCUCUAAAAAUACGCCCAUCUACUUGGACCUGAGGUACAGGACCAAAACUAUCCCCAUCUACACCAUGGAUGCACAGACAAAGAACCCGCUGGAUUUCGAGUGCAGAUUUGGGAUGGGAAAUGGAACAAAAAACUCCAACCAGAGAGCUUCAGUGACCGAACUGUUUUCAUCACCCACGCUCACCAUGUUCCCUGCUGACGUCUUUAAAGGAGAAAACAUGUCACUGACCUGCAAAAGUGAGAGCUAUGCGUCUGAGAGAAUCGACAAGGGAGAGCUGACUUACACUCUUGAGCCGUCUGACACUUCUAUGAUCUCCACCAAGCCGGGAGUGUUUUCUGUCAAAGCCCUGACCUUUGAUUUCAACUACACCUGUGUGGCUCAAGCCAAAGGCAUCAAGAAACGCAGUGAAACCCUGACUGUGCGUCCUAAAGACCCACCUCUGACCACCCCACCUCUGACCGCCUCCGCUGAUUUACCGAAAAACCCAGAGGGAAAGCAGUUCACGACCACCGCGAACAAGAACAUCACACAAUUCCAGAUCAAGAAGUUAUGCAAAGAGCACAGUGGCACGUCCAACAGUGAGGCCACCAUAGAGGGUGAGGCUGGUCACAUGGCGCUGUGGAAGGAAGCCGUGAUCGGUGGAGUUUGCCUGCUGGUGGGGUUGGCGCUGAUGUGUGUGCUGUACAAAUUCAUGAUGGGUAGAGGAAGCUAUAGUAUCGCUACUAGGGCUGGGUAUAACCAACAAAUUCCUGAACCAAUUUGAUCCCGAUCCACAAAGUCUCAAUUAAAUUAGAUUCCACAAUUCAAUAAAUUCAAUUCCGAUUUAAUUAGGAAUAUUACAGUUACAAUACCACUCUUAGUUGGUAAUGUUUUUUUUCUAUCUAUCUAUCUAUCUAUCUAUCUAUCUAUCUAUCUAUUUAUGGUGGGCCACAUGAAAUGGAUUGGAGAGCAGCAUGUGGCCCGCGAGCCACAAGUUUGAGCAUAAACUUAUUCCAGGUUUGAAAGGGUUUGUUGGGGAAUAGUACUCCAAAAGUAAAAGGGCACAUAUUCCAUGGCUUGAAUCCGUAUCUAUCUAUAAUUUUUAUUUCUACCUGAAGCUAAAAACCUCAGUUUAUUCUUCUGAUUAGUUUUGUUUAUGUUUCCUCCGUCAUUUGACACAUAUGGUUGUGGCUUACAUGUAUAAAUUCAACGGUAUAUCCGUUAUAUAACUUUGUUGUGAAUUGUUGUUGUUGUUGUUGUGGUUGUUGUUUUUGGGUUUUUUUAAAGUUUGUCUAUAAAAAAAACGCCUAAACUUAGAUUUCAACAUGACUUUUGUUUUUUAUGCAUGUGUCACAAUGACAGAAAGUGCCAUUGGCAGUUGUGACAGUUAGCUGGCCAGCUAACUAGCCUUUUUAAUUCACCUUUUCACUGGCACGAGGAGUUUGACGUUUAGACAAAGAGGGUGAAUUUGUCUCUGUGUUGUUUUUCGUCUUUUUCUGUUGAAUGGUUGAGUGGCAAAUCACGUCAGUACCUGUGUUAUAGCUUUAGUUACCGUUUGUCUUUCAAAAUUUGACUUUGAAAAGCGCCAACCCAGCAGCUCUGGUUGUCGCUAGCUAGCUAGCUAGGUAGCUGAAAACAUAACCUCGCUUUAUCUGGCCGAUAAUAACGUUCACGUACAAAGGUCAGUGUCAGUUUAAUGCAAACCUGCUGACCUUACUUUGCCUUAGGAAGAUAUAAAGCCACACAAGAGCAAGUUUCCAGUGUAGCUGCACUAAAAAAUUCAGACAUAAAAAUGAAUAAAAAAGAUCCUGCAGUUACUUAGCAACACCAGCGCCUGAAGAUGAUUGACACUGGCAAUGAUUUAAGAGUGAAAAACUCCCCGCCUGGAAUGAGCUGCUGCCAAAAUGUAAAUUAAAAACCUCAGACCACAUAUUUACCUAAUGAUUGACGUUCAAACAUGUCAUAUAAACACGUGUUUUUUAUGUGCAGCAUUUUGUGUUAUGUUUUGUGAAUGAAAAGAGCAGCACAAAUAAAAUGUAUGAUGCUUUUUUUUUUUAUCAAUAGGGACAAUUUAUUAGCCUGUGAAUUUCGUUUAUUCAAAUCCUGAUGUGUUGAGCUUAAUAAAUGAAUGAUCACAUCAUGUAGUAAACCCAAGUUGCCACCAGGUGGACCCAUGUGGCAACAGAAAGAACUGUGAAGCCGAGGAAAAGGGAAUUAUUUACUGUAAUGGCGCACUCUGGUGGCAAAUACUAUGAGAAAACACACCAAAAAUAAAUGAUCAAAGUUAUCAACUUUUACUGCCGAGUCUGUACCACAAUAAUAUUUGGAAUGUUGGAUUUAGGUCACAGUGGUUUUUAUUUGUACUUUCACUGACAGCAGCUUUGAAGAGUGACCUCCAUGUUCUACUGUGAGAAAUAAAUGUGCAGCGACAAUCUAUAGCAGGGGUCACCAACCUUUUUGAGACCGAGAGCUACCUGAAGGGUAGAGAAUAAUAUGGAGGGCUACCAUAUUAACAUUUUAUGCAAUUUACCAUUUAAAUGAUGAAUAUUAUGCAUUCAAUUGCAUACACAUUAAAUCCAGUGCUUACUCCUAAUGAUUAUCACAGUUUUUAUAAACAAUAUCAGGACAUUUUACUCAGUGAUCAUUUGGAUACAUGCAAGUGAGGUGAAGUGAAAUGAGCCCACGGACACCUCGUUGGCUGCUCGCGGGCUACCAAGUGCCCGCGGGCACCACGUUGGUGACCACUGAUCUAUAGUGAUGUCAGCAACCUUCAGAAUGAUAUGAAACUGAAGGAUCUGGUCUCACUGGACACUUUCAAAGAGUUUUUAAAUGACUUUGAGGCAGAAAAACCCGCUGCCAGAUGACUUAAUUAGAAAUAUGCUCAUUGUGUGGUUCUUAUAUUGCAUUCUGUAUAUUGUGUGUAUGAUUUUAAUCAUUUCUUUGUGUAAUGCUAUCUGUCUUUUUUCCUUGUUAAAUAACAUUUUUUUCCCAAUAAAUACAGAAGAAGAAGCUCAGUCUUAUUUUAAGCUUUAACGUAAUUUGUGUUUGUGAAAACACACACACAGCACAGUGAGGAUAGGUCGGAUGCUUUUAUUUGGCAA